AAUAAAAACAGCCAUUUUUCACAAAAUGCUCAUGGAGUAAUGGAUUAAGGAACGUGCGUCACGGCUUUUAUAGUAAGACAAGAGCGAUGUCUUCCUCACUAGUCAAACAAAGUUUAUCCUUGUUUGAAGAUGAUUUGAUAAGAGAGCCAACACAGAAGAAAAAAACAAAAGAUCCAAUGUCAUUAAUAAGUACAAAGAAGAAGGGGGUGAGAAAGGAACUAAGAAAACUUCAAACACAAAAGCAAAGAAUAUCUGCAGCUAAAAGAUCAAGUCAUCUGCCAAUAAAUGUGUCUCAAGUGCCAGAAAUCCAUGAUUAUACAGACAGUAGUAUAAAGAUUCUGACCCGACUUUCUCAGCUAGAUUCUUCAAGCAAGAACACAGCUAAAUCGAUAUCAGAGCAUCAUCGAAAGAAAAAGAGAAGAAAAACAACAGCUUCAAAAGAGACAAAAGCUGUGGAAGAAAAAUCUGCAUUCAGUGACAAAGACUUUGAAGCGUUUGCUAAGGAUUUUGAUUUUGGAAAAUUGAAAAAGAAAUAACACAAACUUUAAUUCUAUGAUUUCUUCAUUCUGUGUGUAUGUCAUUCAUUUUUAGCUCGACUAUUCGAUAAGAAUAAGUAGAGCUAUUGCAGUCACCCGAGCGUCGGCGUCGGUGUCGGCGUCGGCGUAACCACUUAUGUUAAAGUUUUUGUAAUAGUUCAAAUAUUUUCAAAGUCCAUAGACAUAUGGCUUUGAAACUUUGCACACUUGUUCACCAUCAUGACCCCAACCUGUAGACAGGAGGAGGUAACUCUAUCAAGCAUUUUGACAGAAUUAUGCCCCUUUUUCGACUUAGAAUUUAUUUUAAGUUUUUGUAAUAGUUCAAAUAUUUUCAAAGUCCAUUGACAUAUGGCUUUGAAACUUUGCACACUUGUUCACCAUCAUGACCCCAACCUGUAGACAGGAGGAGAUAACUCUAUCAAGCAUUUUGACAGAAUUAUGCCCCUUUUUCAACUUAGAAUUUAUGUUAAAGUUUUUGUAAUACCUCAAAUAUUUUCAAAGUUCAUUGACAUAUGAAUACAUACACUUGUUCACCAUCAUUACCCCAACCUGUAAACAGGAGAAGGUAACUGUAUCAAGCAUUUUUUUUUACUAUCAAGCACUUAGAAUAGUCGAGCGUUGCUGUCCUACCGACAGCUCUUGUUUAAUCUAUUAAAAGAGACUAAAACA